GUGGUAGAAUAUCAAAAUUUGUGACAUCAUUCCGUGAAAAGAAAUGUCAAGUGCAACUUCAGUUUUGUUAGAUUAAUUUUUGCAUUAAUUUUACAUCGAGCAAUAAAAUGAAGUGGUUUACAGGAGGAAUAGCUGAAGCUGUACAGAGUUCCAAACAAAAGGGCGCUAUCUUUGUAGUAUACGUGGAAGGUAAAGAUGAACAGUCAAAGAAAAUAACAGAUAUCAUUGAGAAUGGAGAUGCAGGCCAGAACCUUGGAAGCGAGAAUUUUGUUGCAAUUAAAAUUGAGGCUGAUUCACUGCCACAUCGACAAUUUAUAGAAAUUUUUAAUGAAAGAAGAAUUCCACUGAUAUACUUCAUCGGUAAAAAUGGAACUUCUUUAGAUGCCAUCACUGGUGCAGAUGAUUUAGGAUCUUUGUCGACUAGAAUUGAAAGUGUGUUACAAAAAGCUGGAUAUGCAACUGUUAGUUCUAGUCCUUCUGCAAGUUUGAUUCAGAAUGAGCAGUCGGCAGUUGCAGAGGAUAAUGUAGUAUGUGAAAACGGCGUUUGUAGAAUAAGGACUGAUUCUAGCAAUGCAAGUACAUCCUCUGAAGAUAAAACUGUUGAGGAUAAAGUUGAGAGGGCAAAAGAAUUGUUACAAAAGAAGAAGGAGGAAAAGGAGAGAGAAGAAAAAGAGAAUGAGCGUCUCAAAGAAAUAGAACGUCGCAAAAUGGGUCAAAAUGUGCAACAAAUGAAAAGAUGGCAAGAGGAUCAGGAAUUAAAACAAUUAAAGGAAGAGAGAGAUAAAGAAAAACGGGAAAAGCAACAGGCUAGAGAACGAGUCUUGGCCCAAAUUGCUCAAGAUAAGGCCGAACGUUUGGCGAAAUCUGCCCCUCAGUCUGAACCAAGCAGACCACAAGCGGUGUUGUCACCAUCAAGGCCUAACGACAAUUCGACAAGACUACAGUUUAAACUUCCAGAUGGCACCACUAGCAUGCAAGAGUUCGCCAAUUCUGAUCUGUUGGAGGCCGUCGUGACCCACAUUAAAACCAAUAUGAAUUUGCCGUAUUCUAAUUUUAAAUUGUCCACAACCUUCCCAAGGAGGGAAUUUACGGAAAAUGAUUAUAGUCAGACGCUGUUAGAUUUGCAGCUUUGCCCUACGGCUGUUAUUUUGGUUUUGCCCGUUAACAGUGGAGUGGUGUCCAGAGGUCAGGGUGGAGGCACAUUCAAUAGCUUAAUUUGGACUUUGAUUGCACCUCUGUUUCAUAUAUUCGGAAUGAUAAAGAAUUUUCUGUUCGGAGCUCCAACAGUUGUGACAAAGAAAACACAGACCGCUGAACCGACUAACCAGCCCGAAAAUCCAAGGCAGAGAAUUAGGGAUUCAACUGUAAUUAAACGACAAGGAAAUGUACAUCGUUUAACGGAUAGAAGAGAUAGUGAUGAUGAUAGUAAUACUUGGAAUGGUAAUUCUACACAGCAAAUGUAAACUUAUAUUAUUACACGCAUUUUAAAUAAAUAUUAAUUAUUGUA